AAAAAAAAAAAAAAAAAAGAAAAGCAAAGAAAAGGAAGAAGAAAAUGGUGUGGAAAUUGGCUGAUGAUCCAUUUGAGUAUAUCGCUCCAGCUGUUUGUAUCGGCUCAGUCAUUUUAAUCCCUUUGGGUCCUCUUUAUUUUCCUCGUCUUUGGAUUCUUUUUAUUGCCCUUUACUUUAUGACAUUCAUGGGUACACAAAUUAAUCAUUUAAUCAAAUUUAAUAGAACAGCUAAUAAUAUAGUCAAGACAAUCCAAAAUUACAAUGGUUCCUUAAAGAAAAAUAAGGAUAAAAAACAAAACUAUGUUGUUACAGAUAAUGAUCUAAUGGAUAUGGAAGCAGCAGUAGCUUUAAAUCCUACAACGAAUAAUAGUUUUCUUAUUCAUGCAUUUGUUAUACCCAAUUACUCUGAACCAGAAGCCCUUAUUAGAGAUACAAUCAGUCGUAUUGCUUUACACAAGAAGGCACGUACAAACUAUGUAAUUAUUCUUGCUAUGGAAGCGUCUGAAAUUCAUCAUCGAACAAAAUCUGAAAGCUUACGAGACUAUUUUAAAGAUAGUUUCUUAAAAUUUGUAAUUACAAAUCAUCCUUCCGAUCUUCCUGGUGAAGCGAGAGGUAAAGGUUCUAACAUUAGCUAUGCUGCUCGUAAAGGUUGUGCUGAAAUGAUUGAAAGUGGAAUUGAUAAAAACAGAAUUAUGAUCACUAUUGCUGACUCUGAUUCUCAUAUCCCUGAAUUAUAUGUAUUAGAGCUCGAAAAGGCAUUUUCUCGCUCCGAAGAUCCUUAUUUUAGAGUAUAUGCACCCCCUAUUUUCUUUGGAAGAAACUGUUUCGAAGUUCCUGCUGCUGUUCGAGUCACUGAUAUUACAUGGUCCUCUAUGAUUAUGGCGAAUUUAAGUGGUAGUAGAGGAAUUGGUUUCCCUUGCUCUACUUACAGUGUAAGCUGGAAGAUGGCGGAUCGUGUUGGCUAUUGGGACACAGACGCGGAUGCUGUUGGGGAGGAUAUGCAUAUGACUUUAAAAUGCCUUUUCAAAACCGAGGGUCAGGCGCGUAUGAUACCUAUCUUUGUCCCUAUUAACCUUACAAACGUUCAAACGGAGGGCUAUGUGAAUAAUCUAAAGGCUCGUUUUGUUCAAGCUAAACGCCACUACAAUGGUGUUGCGGAUGUAGCAUAUACAUUGCGUCAUGCUCUCAACUUACCUACCUUCUGUGUUGAUGCUACUGAUCUUUGCCUCCCUACGACUCAAGCGGAAAGCGUAUUGUUACCAUCGGACAAGAAAUUAAAUGAUGACCGCUACUCCUCCUCCUUCUGGAUUGAGAAAAUUAUCAUUGUACUCAAGGUAUUAGAAACUCAUUUUAUGCCUGUCACAUCAGGCUGGCUUAUGUUCUUUGCUGUUCCUAUUAUGCAAUUCUUAUUUUAUCCUCCUGAGGGAUAUGGACCCUUUUUAGAGCCCCAUACUAACCCGGUCUUGGUCUCCACAUUUUAUUUACAUAUUUGGAAUAUUUUAAGGGUCAUGACUUUCUUUUUACCUUUCCCACUCUUUGGUACAUUGGCCAUUUAUGAAAGAUUGCAUAGAUUUGUAGAUAUCCAAUUCUUUAAAAAGACAAAAGAUGAAUCGCGUACUUGGAUCAAUUACUUUGACUAUGUCAGUAUGCCUAUCGCCGCGUGGUUAUUUAUGACAUUUCCAUCUAAUAUCGCAUCCUGUAAACGACUCUUAAAGACAAGAGAUCAAUACAUUGUGGCUGAAAAAGUCUUUGUUGAAGGUCGCAAUUAAUGAAGAAUAAGAAGACAGAAAACGUUAUACUUUUUUUUUUUUUUUUCAAUCAUGUAUAUAGAUUUUUUUUUUCUUCCCUGUAUUCUUGAGACAUUAUUUAGAAAUUACUUAAUUUAUAUGUGUACUUAAUUUAGAGCUUUCCCCCUCCCUUUUUCUUUAAAAAGAAAAUAAAAAAAAAUACUAUUCCUUCUUAAAACCACAUUUUUG